GUCAAAUCGAGAAUGAUAACACACGAUUUAGGUUAUAUUUUUCAUUUGUUUUGUAAAUGAUUCGUUGACAAUUCAACAAUUCAAAAUCAUCCGUUGUUCAAAUGCAUCAAGUGAAGCGGCUUAUUCUAAUUGAUAUUGACUGAAUUUAAUUCAACAAAAGAUAAAAAAAAAAUGUUACCGAGUUCGUUGACACAGCGAAUUUUGCAAAGAUUUCCGGGAAAAUUAACAUACUGCUUUGCAUAUGGAUCGGGUGUAAAAAAGCAGACGGGCUACGAUGACAAAGCGCAAAAAGAUGCAAUGAUAGAUUUGGUGCUGUGUGUAGACGAUGCGUUUGAAUGGCACAAAGAAAAUUUGCAAAAAAAUCCCCGCGAUUAUUCGUGGAUGCGGUUUUUGGGAUCGAAAAUUAUUGCAGAAUAUCAAGAAUAUGCGGCUGGUGUCUACUGUAACACCUUAAUACCCAUUGACAAACAUGUCACAAUAAAAUAUGGUGUGAUUCGAACGCAAGACCUGAGUGACGAUUUGUAUCAUUGGCCACAUCUAUAUGUUGCCGGACGAUUGCAUAAGCCAGUCGAAACACUAAUCGAACCGAAUGACGAACUGAAGAACGAUUUGGCGAAGAAUUUCGAAAGUGCUGUCCAUGCUGCCCUCUUACAAUUACCCGAACGAUUUACCUAUUUUGAAUUAUUUCAUGCGAUUGCAAAUAUUAGCUACAACGGUGACUUUCGAAUGUUGUUUGGCGAGAAGAAAGACAAAGUGAAAAACAUUGUUGAACCGCAAUUAGAUGCAUUUCUUAAAUUGUACAAACCAUACCUGCGGAAUAUGUCACAUUGCGUUCAUAUACCUGACCUAUCGAAAGUGUGUGAUACGAGAAUUGAACAGACUAAAUCACACGACACUAUACUUGCACAUUUGGAAGCAUUACCAACACGUGUCCAGAAAUUGUUAAACGAAAUAACACAGGUGCCACUGUCAGAGCUAGCUCAGAAACCUGACUAUGAUACUCAAGUUAAAACCGCCAUUGGUGUGAUUAAUUGGGACAACAGCUUUGCGCAAACAUUGAAAAAUAUUCCCACAGCCGGUGUGUUCAAAGCAAUUAAAUAUGGUGCAAAGAAAGCGUUGAAAACAUUUUCCAAGUAAUUUUUCCGCAGAAAUCGAUUUUUACGGAGUUUUCACUGAAAAAAUUAGUAUUGUAAAUAAAUUGUUGAAUGAAUAUUGAAUAUGAAAAUCGUU